AUGCCAAAAAAACGUCGUCAACAAUCUGAUUUUUGGGACACUGUUCAUGAUAUUAAAAAACUCACUUAACCAUAUCAAACACACCAUAAAAAACAUUUUAUAGAAAAGCCUGGCAAAAAAAAAGUACCUAUUUUAUCUAUACAAUAAGUAAAAAGGAUAAAACAUGCCUUUACCUAUUUUAAAUGGUAUUAGAAAGAAAUACAUAAGUGAUGUUAAAUAAGAACAAGAACAUAAUAUUGAACAUAACAUCUAAUAUCGAUCAGACAUGAAGAAAGACUCAACUUUGUUAAAAACCAUAAAAUAAAAAAAAAAUUCAUUUUAAAAAAAUCAAUAUAAAUUUAAGAAUAUGAAGGCUAAAGGAGCAGGUAAAUUCGAGAAUGGUGCUCUCAAAUUCUCCAAUAAAGAGCUCAAAAAAUUCAAUUAAAACAAAUGA